AUGGAUUAUGUUCACCAAGAAAUUGGUAGAUCUUUAUCAAUUAAACACAUUUCUUGGUCGAAUUCAUGUACUACAUGUGCAGUUCUAGAUAGUUCUUCUAUCAUACACAUACUAAACCAGCGCGGAGAAGAAAUCGAAGAUAAAGUAUUAAAUUUGUUAACAAGCAUAUCAUUCCUUUCCUAUAGCAAUAUCUCAAAUAAGUUAGCGAUUGGUUUUUCGUCGGGAGAUUUGAAAAUAUAUCAUUAUUCUGCACUAUUUCAAGCAAAAUUAGUUCAUUCUGCAGCCAUUUCUGAAAUAAAAUGGUCUCCUAUCAAUGAAAUGUUUUACACAUUUGAUGAUUCUGGUUGUUUUUGCAUUUGGAAUUGUGAAGGAGAAAUUCCAGAAUUAAUUGUACAAAAGAAAUUCAAUAUUUCAAUUACUAACAUUCAAUGGCUUUACUUAGACAAGCCUUCAUUAAUUUUUCUAUCAAAAUACAAAUCUUUGUAUUUAUUUGAAUCAUUAUAUCAAGAACCUGAUGAAAUCUUACAAAUACAAACAGAUUUUGAAACUGUUAAUGUUUUACGUGAUAAUUCAAUCAUAUUUACUACAAAAGAAGGAGAGAUUUUGACCAAAAAAUUUCCAUUUAACAAAAAUAGACUUACUACAUCCAAAAUAGGAGAUGGGCCUGUAUUAGUUACCCAAAUUGAUCUUUCCCACAUUGCAAUACAAACAAAAGGUCAAAUAAUGAUUUAUAAUUUAGAAAAUGAAGAAUCAAAGAUCAUUCGUCUCAAAAAUGAACAAUAUCCUAUAUCUAUAUCAUAUGAUCCUUACACUUAUUCCAUUAUUUCUGUUCUAAAUGACGGAUCUUUGUAUCAGAUAAAAUCAAACUUCAAAGGAUACAUUAAUCAGUCUAGUUGGGCUACUCCUGUUUUAACAGAUAUGAAUAUCAAUGUUAAAUCAGUCCAUUGGUCACAUAAUUAUGAAAAUGCCAUAUUUUUAUGUGAAAACAGACCUUCUCAAUUAAUUUUCAGGGUUUAUUUGUCCAUGGCCCCUCUUUUGAGAACAACUGUAUUCGAAAAUUCGCCAGGAAUUUUAAAUUAUGCGGAUGAAAAGUUUAAUAUCGCAAUUGGAUCGAAGAUUAGUAAGUCAGAUAGCAGUUUAUUAUGUUCUUCACCAGAGAGAUGCGAAAUUUUCAUGGAACAAAACAAUUCUUUCGCAUCAAUUUCGAGAUUUUCAUGUAAAUCGUACUCAGGAAUGGUUGGAGAGGCCAUAUACACUGUAAAUGAGAAGAAUAUCGAGGUGAGAAACCUCCAAGGUGUUGUAAAACAAACAGUUUCGCUUCCUUUAAAUUCAAUAUUAUUUUCUUUGUUUGGGAAGUACUUAACUGUUCUUUUCGAAGACUACACUAUCAAUACAUAUGAUUUAACGCGUAGACAGCCAAAAAAUAUAUUCUCUUCAGCAUUAAAUUUCAAAGAUGAGAAAAAAGACAUUUUAAUCAGGGAAAUGAAAGGAAGCUGUAGUGGAGAAUUCGUUUCUUUUAUUAUUGAUGUAUUCAAAGAUGGAAUUUGGCAAAGAGAUGAAAAUCUUUAUAUUCAUAUUCCUCAAUUAGACAGAACUGUCACUGUAAACUUAUCAGGCAGACUUCCUAUAACAUGUUCAUGGGACGAGGAAGAUCAAAGACUGCUUUGUAUUCAAGCAUCACCGAAAGAUAUCUCUGGACAGCUAAAAAGCGAAGUUAUCAUUCCAAUAUUUAUUAGUAAUAAAGGGGACAUCUUUCUCCAGCAGUCAUUCGAUAUACCAACCCAUUCGUUGUUGAAAUAUCUUAAUAUUCCUUAUGUUUUCCUUUUCGACAACGAUAAAAAACCGUUUUCUCAAAUUUUGCCACAAUUUGAAGGUGUCGAUGAAAUUUCCGAAGACACGAAACGUGCUAUUCUUGACUUUAAUUACAAUUUAUGCACAGGAAGUAUUGACGACGCGUUUGAUUCCAUAAAAUGGACAGAUAACUCAGCAACAUGGCGAUCGCUAGCUCUCAUUGCAUGCCAAUCAGACCGUAUAGACCUUGCAGCCCUUUGUUUGUCAAAGAUCAAAGAUCCUUUUUCGAUAAUAAUUUCAAAAUACAAAACAGACAGAGAUAGAUCAAGUAUUUUAACUGCAAUUGCAUUAAAACUGUAUAACGAAGCAAAAAGCAUUGCAAUCAGCUCGAAAAGAUACGAUAUUUUGUCUGAUAUCGAAUUAAGUUUGGGAAAUUUCGAAGAAUCCAUACGUAAUUCGACUCUUAACGCAAGGAUGGUACUCAAAAGAGUUCACUACGAGGUUGGACGCUACAAUGAAAUCAUUGGAAACUACGAAAAAGCGAUUGAACAUUAUAAUCUCUCACAAACUCUUGAAAACGAGAUUCCAAGACUUGCAAUGAGUUUAGGACCUCAAGUAGUAUUUGAUUUCCUCAAGAAAAACCCUCUAUCAGCUUCAAACAAAAUAAAAUUAUAUUGUGCACGGUAUUUUGAAGCGAUAAAGAACUAUGAAUACGCUCUAGCGAUGUAUCUCGAAGCAAAGAACGACUGUGAGCACAUCAGACUCCUUGUUCUACUCAAAAGAUGGGAAGAUGCGAUGAAAUUUGUAAAAAAUGCACGAAAACCAUCUGAUUUCUGCUGUUUAGCACGAUAUUUGAUAGAUAGAGUUGAACAUAUAGAGCGUAGUGAAACAGAAAACCACGAAAUUGCAGGGGAAUUGAAACAAAAAAUUAUUGAAUUGUUUAAAAACGCGAAACAGUUUGGCCAAGCCAUGAAAUACGCCAUGGAGAAGAUGAUGAUCGAUGAUGUUAUCCAAUUAUCAUUCUCCAGCCCCAAACAAUUAGUUCUUCGCGCUGCAGAAUGGUUUUCGUCAUUAAACAUGACAAAAAAUGCCAUUUUGAUGUAUUCACAUUGCGGGAAUAUCUCCAAAGCCCUUAGUUUAUGCUUCGAACUUAAGCAAUACGAUGCUUUGGAAGAAAUUUCGGAAAAAUUUUCUCCCGAAAUGAAUCCAAAAAUAUUAGUUCAAUGUUCCCAUUAUUUUGCGGAAUCAGACAGAUGGAAUUCAUGCGCCAAAUGUCUUUUAUUCGCCAAGAAAUUUGAUGAUGUCCUAGAUCUCUGCAAAUCCCACCAUAUUUCGCUUGAAGAGAAAGAGAUUUUGUCCCUUAUUGACCAAAACUUGGACGAAAACAUGUAUUUGAAGUUUGCAGAAAUAUGCGAAAUUCAACAACAGAACCAACUCGCUUCUAAGAUAUACAUAAAGAUCAGGAAGUACCCAGAAGCUCUCCAAUGCAUCAUAAAAACAGGCGAUACCGAUAAAGUUAUCAAAAUGUUGAAGAUGAUGAAGAAAAAAGACUGUUACUUGAUUUGCGCGAAUUACUUGCAGACUCUAGACAUCGGAAUCGACUCAAAGGAGUUUCGUACUGUUGAAGAAAUAUACAAGAAAACAAAUAUGGUCCAAAACCUCUUUAAUUUUUAUAAUUUCCAUAUAAACAAUCAAAGAGAAAAUGGAAAUUACGAAAAUGUCUUGGUUUUGCUCAAAAAGAUCUUGGAAAAUUUCCAAAAAUCUGUAAGUGAAGUGAAGUCAAAAAGUGAUAUUGAAAGAUCGAUAAAUGUUAUUGAUUCAUUUUUGAUUGCGAAUAAUCUUUGCAAUGAUCCAGAAACGAGUGCAAAAUCGAUGGGAAUAUGUGUUGAUAUGUUGAAAGAUCCACAAAUUGAAGAAUACGUCAAAACAGAUGAUGUUUACGUUGUUUUGGCGAAAUGCUACAUAACAAAGAAUAAUUUUAAAUCCGCUUUCAAGAUUAUAUCUGAUUUGGAAUCAAAUGGUCUUGAAUUAGAAAAACACUUCGAAAUAGAAGUUAUCAGAAAAGUUUAUGAAGCAAAUGGAAAGAAAUAUGAAUUUAAAGGUGACAAAAAUGACUAUGAUUCUGUAGAAGACAUUGAAGAUAUUUAA